AUGACUCAAGGCAGAAUUCUUAUCUACGGAGGGAAGGGAGCUCUCGGCUCGGUCAUCUUGGACUUUUUGAAGGAUAAAGGAUAUGUAAGUUAAUCUAAGAUAACGAUGUUAUCCGCAGUGGACGGUGAAUGUGGAUCUGGUCGAGAAUGUUUCGGCCAAUGCAAACAUAAUCCUCAACCCGAACGAUGAUUGGUUGGCUCAAGAAGCAAAGGCUGUUACGGAGUAAGUCAGAGUAGUUACAAUAACCUCUUGUAGGACUGAGAAAGCCCUGUCUGGAAAUAAGUUGGACGCCAUUUUUUGCGUAGCAGGGGGUUGGGCAGGAGGGAAUGCUGCCAAUAAGGACUUCAUCAAGAACUCGGAUUUGAUGUGGAAACAAAGUGUGUGGAGCUCGACCAUCUCGGCUAGACUCGCUUCUCUUUACUUAAAGGAAGGCGGACUCUUACAGUUACCUGGAGCAAGUCCUGUAAGUCUUACUACGUCUGUGUAUUACCCCCAUGUGCCGUAAUGGUCCUUUGCUGUAGGCUCUGGAAGGAACUCCUGGUAUGAUUGGAUAUGGACUGGCCAAGGCGGCAGUCCAUCAUUUAGUCAAGAGUCUCGGACAGGACAAAAGUGGCAUGCCCAAUAACGCUACAGUAUUCGCCAUCUUGCCGGUCACCCUCGACACUCCAAUGAAUCGAAAAUGGAUGCCCAAGGCCGAUCACUCUACGUAAGAUAGAAUUCAGGUGUCAUAUUGUAAUUGCAGAUGGACCCCAUUAACAUUCAUCGCUGAGACUUUCCUUCAAUAUCUUACAAAUGAGACUUCUCGUCCAAUUUCUGGAUCCCUUCUUCAGUUGGUCACCAAGGGCGGUGAGACUUCCAUUACUUCGGCCUAG